AUGAAAUACUCGCAAUCGGUCACAUCCAGUCGUCGCAAGAACCGCAAGGCUCACUUUGGAGCGCACAGCGAGGCUCGCCGCAAGCUCAUGAGCGCUAGUCUGAGUAAGGAACUCCAAGCCCGGCACGGCGUUCGUUCCAUGGCGGUCCGUAAAGACGAUGAAGUUAUGGUGGUGCGAGGAACGUACAAAUCGCGGGAAGGAAAAAUUAUUGGCUGCUUUCGUAAGAAGUUUGUCAUUCACGUCGAGCGCCUGACGCGGGAGAAGGUCACUGGUGCGCAAGUGCACGUCGGAAUCCCGGCAUCGAACGUCGUCAUCACCAAACUCAAGUUGGACAAGGACCGCAAG